AUGCAUAUCACUACCGCUGUUGCAGCCCUGUGCAUCGGUGUCUUGCCGAAAGCUGCUCAUGCGACUGCAUCUGGGACUUGCUGCUCAGCUCUGGCGGCUACUACCCUGAAGAGCCAGGUCGUUUACCCCGGCAGCGCUGCGUACAAGAUAUCGCUUGGCUCUUAUUGGGCCGAGAAUGUUCAGCUCGAGCCGACCUGUAUUUUGCAGCCACGCACGGCCCAAGAGGUUUCUCUCGCAGUUUCCACACUCGUUGCCGCUGAUGGUGGAGCUUGCAAAUUUGCUGUUCGCGGUGGUGGCCACACCACUUGGGCAGGAGCAAGCAAUAUCGUUGAUGGCGUGACAAUUGAUCUGUCCUUGAUGAACAGUACGACUUACAACGAGAAAGCAGGCACUGCUUCUAUUCUGCCUGGAUCUCGCUGGGGAGGUGUCUACGAGACGCUGGCGAAGUACAAUGUGACAGUGGCGGGUGGCCGCUCUGGUGUUGUGGGCGUUGCUGGAUUUUUGCUCGGCGGUGGAAAUACUUUCCAUACUUCGCGUGUUGGAUUUGGUUGUGACAAUGUCGUGAACUAUGAGGUUGUUUUGGCUGAUGGAACCAUUAUCGAGGUCAACAAAGAUUCUCACGCAGAUCUCUUCAAGGCUCUGAAAGGCGCAUCCGGCAACUUCGGAAUUGUCACUAAGUAUGAUAUGAAGAUCAUCGAAGGCGACAAGCUUUGGGGCGGAAUUGUCACAUACGACAAUAGCACUACCUUGAAGCACCUUGAGGCCGGUCACAAGUUUAUCAACAACAUUGAAAAAGAUCCAUACGCUUCUUGGAUUGGCAUGUGGGAGUAUCUUUCGGUGACCGACCAAAAUAUGGUUGCCAAUGCUCUGGAGUAUACCACUCCAGUGGCCUACCCCGCGGCUUUCGAUAGCUUCACCACUAUUGCCAAUACUAGCAGCUCGAUGCGUGUGGCUAACCUUUGGAACCUUACCCAAGAGCUGGGCCAGGCAUCUGGAUAUCGCGACAUCUUCGUCACUGGCACAUUUGUCAACAACCUCGAUGUGAUGAAGCGCACUGUUGAUAUCCACAACAGAAUGAUUGAGGAGGCCAAGGCAGGUGCUAAGGGUGAUGACUACACUAUGUUCACCAUGAUCCAGCCUUGGCCCAAACUGUUCACUGAUCACAGCGUUGAGCGAGGUGGCAACAUGCUGGGGCUCGACCGUUUUGAUGAGAAUCUCUUCCAGGUCCUCAUUGAUUACUCGUGGAAGGAUGAGGCCGACGAUGCCUUAUUCAACCAGCUGGCCAAUGGCGCUCUGGAGGAGUUGACCACAUACUCAAAGUCAAUUGGAGCCGACAAUGAGUUUAUUUACCUGAACUACGCCAACGAAACCCAAGAUCCCCUAUCUUCCUACGGCCCCGAGAAUGUGAAGUAUAUUCAGGCUGUUGCUAAGAAGUACGAUCAGACCGGUGUUUUCCAAACCCAGGUUCCUGGCGGAUUCAAGAUCAGCGCUGUGGGCAAGUGA